UAUAGGGUCGAAAAAGCUGCUUUUGUUCUCAACCACAAAUUUCUCUGGAAAUCUCUUAGGGGACAACUUAGCCCUAUAAAAGGGGGGUCAGGUGGAGUCAGGAGGAAUUUGGGAGAAGGUUGUGGAGGGCCCAGCUUGCAGCACCAUGAAGAGCUUUCCCGUUGGCUUUCUUCUUCUCCUGAUCUUCAUUCUCAGUGUCCAUUCUGGAGUAGCCACACCUGGCAGUGAUAUAGCCAGGUUCUGCUGCUUCAAAUACAGCCACAAGAUCCUUCCCUGGAAGUCGGUGCAUUCCUACCAGUUCACCAGGAACAGCUGCCCCCAGCAGGCUGUGAUAUUCACUACCAAAAAAGGCCAUAAAGUCUGUGCCCAGCCAAAGGAAAAAUGGGUGCGAAGAUACAUUUCUUUACUCAGAAAACAACAGUGAUGGAAACUGUUGGAUUUUAAGCCCAAGGGCACCUAGGCCCUGCUCUUGACCCUGCUGUCCUUGGUGGAACCUGGAGAUCUUCUUCAGCAGAAGUUUCUGUGGGACUGAGGAGGAGGGGGGGGUUUCUAACAAUUCUAACAAUUUCUAAUAAUUUUUUUUUUCGUUAAGAUUUGAUUUGCUCCUAAACAUUCUUAUUCAGUAAAACAGGAGUCUUCUCCAAAGGAGAGAAAUGGAGUCAAUAUUUUUGGCUGGUUCCCUGCACCAAUGCUGGUGUGGAAUUUUGCCUUAUGUUUCUGUGUCCCCCCCCCCCC